AUGGUGUUCUUACUCCGUCCAUUCCUCCGUCGAUUCGCAACUGUUCCCGCUACCUUUUGCGAUGUCCAAUUGCCCGUAGGCAUUGAUGGCUCUUCUCUCUUAUCAGUAAAACCUUUGUAUAGAACCUCAGAACAGCAGCAACAACAACAAUUGCUCUGUAUACCGUCCACUUUUGGCUCUGUAGCUCAAGAUUUUCGUCUACAGUUUGCCAAUGAGCAACUCACGCGUCAGUUUGCACUUUAUGGUGUCGAAACACGUUUAUUAGAUAGUGAGUUUGGUACUAGACGUAUUGAACGCGAUGCUGACGAAGUAUUGCGUGCUGCUGAUGCGUUGAAACUUGAAACGUUUUCGUUGUUGGGCUGUAGCCAUGGGGCUAAUGUGAGUGCCGUAGUGGCAGCGAAAUACCCCGAGAGAGUGAUGCGAUUAGUACUGGUUAAUGGCAAUGCGUUUAUUAGUCAUGAGGACUUGGAAGAUAUGAUUGAGUAUGAAGAUGUACACUCGUGGCCACAAGAAAUGCGUGAGACAGCUGAAGCCAAGUAUGGUGCUGAUAAACUGCAGAAGAAAUGGACCCAGAUGGUAGAGGCGAUGCGUCAGGUCGAGCGUGAAGAUGGUGGUGACUUGUACUGCGGUCAUCUGCCCCAUAUCAAGUGCAAGACGCUCGUGGUAUCCGGUGGACAGGAUAAGUUUGUGCCAUCAUUCCACAGCGAGUACUUGAGCGAGCGCAUCAUGCACUCUCGACUGAGUGUAAUACCUGAAGGUGGCAAUGAUCUUGUGCUGUCUGAAGCUGAACGGUUUAACUCAAUGCUUGAGGCCUUCUUGCAGGAGCCUGACGACAAAUUGACGCAGAGCCGGGAGUUUGUGGCUGUGCCAUUGAAGGUGUAA